ACGCCGACUCUCCCCCCCAACUCUUUGCCCGCCUCCCACCCGUCCCGCAGUGCCUGCCCGUCCGUCGGCCUACGUGCACGCCAUGGCACCAUGCGUCCUAGCGUUCCUAGGCCUCCUAACCCUAGGUCUAUCACAAGACCUGUACCACACACAGCAUCCUGGUAACAGUAAGCUGGCUUCGUGUUACGACUUCGAUGGAACGCCUCAGAGAUGCAUCCCCGAAUUCGUGAACGCGGCCUACGAGGUACCAAUGGAAGCGACGAACACAUGUGGCGACCGCGGCGAAACGCAGUUCUGCACGCAAACGGCUGCUGGGUCCUCGAGCAGUUUCAGAUCCUGCGAAACCUGUAAACCUGGGCAGUUCUCCAGCAAAUUCCUCACCGACACGCAUUAUGACUCGCACAACGACAUCACCUGGUGGCAGUCGGAGACCAUGAAGGAGGGGAUCCAGUACCCUAACCAGGUCAAUCUGACGUUGCAUUUAGGCAAGUCCUACGACAUCACAUACAUCCGUAUCGUCUUCUACUCGCCGCGUCCGCAGAGCUUCGCCAUCUAUCGGCGCGCCAGUGAAAACUCCGAGUGGGAACCGUACCAGUACUUUAGUGCGUCCUGCCGUGAUAUGUACGGUGUACAAGAGCAAAGAGCGGCCGACCUACAGGCGGAAACACGGGCCCUCUGUACCAGCGAAUAUUCCGACAUUGCCCCUCUUUCCGGUGGUAACGUGCUAUUCUCAACUCUGGAGGGAAGACCGUCGGCUUAUACGUUUGACAGCAGUCCUGAACUUCAGGAAUGGGUAACAGCCACCGACAUCCGCAUCUCCCUGGACCGCCUGAACACGUUUGGAGACGAGAUCUUCGGCGACAGCUCCGUGCUACAGUCGUACUGGUACGCCAUCGCUGACGUGGCCGUUGGUGCUAGGUGCACGUGCAACGGACACGCUUCUAUCUGCGACCGACAGAACGGGGUUAUGACUUGCAGAUGUGAACACAACACAGCCGGUCGUUCCUGCGAGCGCUGUAGGGACUCGUACAACGACGCGCCGUGGGGCAGAGCCACCACUACCAACGUCUUCGAGUGCAAGGCUUGCAACUGCAACGGGUUCUCCAACAAAUGCUACUUCGACAAGGAUCUAUAUGAACACACUGGGCACGGCGGUCACUGCAUCGAUUGCGCGGAGAACAGAGAUGGGCCGAACUGUGAGAGAUGCAGGGAGAAUUAUUUCUCGUCUCAGGGGGAUAUAUGUCUGCCCUGCAAUUGUGAUGCUACUGGUUCUCGCAGCCUCCAAUGCAACGCCGAGGGCAAAUGUCAGUGCAAGCCUGGCGUCACCGGCGACAAAUGCGACACAUGCGCACCCAACCACUACGACUUUACUGCUCUGGGCUGCAAGCCAUGUGACUGCAAUGACGCGGGCAGUUAUGGCAAUAUGCCACAGUGCGACCCGGUCACUGGCGUGUGUCAGUGCAAGCAGAAUGUUGAGGGCAGAAGAUGUCGCGAGUGUAAACCAGGUUUCUUCAACCUGGACCUCGACAAUGAGUUCGGCUGCACACCUUGCUUCUGCUUCGGACACUCUUCCCAAUGUAACUCAGCGCCAAAAUACCAAUCCUACGAACUGAGCGCUCAUUUCCUCAGAGACUCAGAGAAGUGGAGCGCUGAGACAGAUAGGCGAGAGCCGGCGGCGCUACAGUUUAAUGCUAACACUCAGAAUAUUGAAGUCCGUUCAUCAGGUCCCGAAACCGUCUACUUCCUAGCUUCCAACCAGUUCUUGGGCGACCAGCGUCCGUCCUAUAACCACAAAUUGAAGUUCACCCUCCGUCUUGGAGAAAGUAGGGGGUAUCCGUCGGCCCAGGAUAUAAUUCUGGAGGGGGCGCAGCAGUCCGUGGCUAUCAAUAUUUAUGCGCAGAAUAAUCCGGAACCUUCUGAUCAGGCUCAAGAGUUCUCGUUCAUACUCCACGAAGACCCUCGCUAUGGCUGGACACCAACUCUCUCCAACUUCGACUUCAUGUCCAUUCUGCAGAACCUCACGGCCAUCAAAAUUAGGGGCACGUUCAAUAGGAACGGGGUGGGGUAUCUGAUGAAUGUCAAGCUAGAGACUGCUAAGGUUGGCCGAGAGAAAGGCCUGGGCCCAGCCAACUGGGUAGAGAAGUGCAGCUGCCCCGCCGCGUACGUCGGCGAUUACUGCGAGGAAUGCGCCCCUGGAUACCGUCACGAACCUGCCAAUGGAGGCCCGUACUCCACCUGCAUACCAUGUGAUUGUAAUAAGCACGCACAUAUAUGUGACACUGCUACAGGUUUCUGCAUCUGCAAACACAACACCGCAGGCAGCAACUGCGAGCGAUGCGCCAAGGGUUACUAUGGUAACGCGAUCGCGGGCACACCGGACGACUGCAAGCCGUGCCCUUGCCCCAAGAGCAGUGGGUGCGUGCAGUUGGCUGACCAGAGCAUUUGGUGUACGGACUGCCCUAAUGGCUACGCUGGCCCAAGAUGUGAAGUCUGUGCCGACGGCCACUUCGGUGACCCAACCGGCCAAUUCGGAAAGGCUAAGGAAUGUGAAGAGUGCCAAUGUAAUGGCAAUGUAGACCCGAAUGCUGUGGGCAACUGCAAUAGGACCACGGGAGAGUGUCUGAAGUGUAUUUAUAAUACUGCUGGGGAGCACUGUGAUAAGUGUUUGGCCGGUUUCUUCGGUGACGCCCUGGACCCGACAAAGAAGGGAGACUGUAAACCCUGCGAGUGCGACGAGCACGGCACUAUUGAAAGCACUGACGGUGCUCCACAAUGCGACGGUUUGACGGGUUACUGCUCUUGCCGGCCUCAUGUCAUUGGUAGACAGUGUGAUAAAUGCGAGGACGGCUACUACAACAUCAGGUCAGGAGAAGGCUGCAAGUCCUGCGAAUGUAAUCUGGAGGGCUCAUACAACUCGACAUGCAACCCUUACACUGGCCAGUGCUACUGCAAGCCAGGCAUUGAUGGAUUAACCUGCGACCGCUGUCGCGAAUACCACUACGGUUUCUCAGCCGAGGGCUGUCAGGACUGCGACUGUGACGAGUGGGGCUCUACAAACUACCAGUGCAAUGCCGACGGACAGUGCGAGUGUCAGGAGAACGUCGAGGGACGGCGGUGUGACAGAUGUAUGGAGAAUAAGAAAAAGCGCGCCGACGGCCAAGGUUGCGAGAGCUGCCCGCAUUGUUACAACCUCGUGCAGGAUGCUGUUACUUUGCAUAGAAAGGAGCUGAAGGAACUUGAUGACAUCCUCUCAAAAAUCUCAAAAGCGCCUACAGUCGUCGAAAACGCGGACUUCGACAAAGAGCUCCAACAGGUCCGGGAGGACAUUCAGCGUCUGAGCCAAGAAGCCAAGUCUCAGCUGGAAGGAGGGGAUGCAAGCCUUACAGAUACUCUUGCUGAUCUCGCUGAGAGACUUCAUGAUGUGGAAGACAUGCUGAUAAAGAUAGAGCGUCUGAGCGAUGAAGGUAAUGAGUCUGUGGACAGAAGUAAAGGAAACGUGUCUAAAGCCAAGGACACCAUUGAGGCAGCGCAGAAGGAGAUCAAUAGUGCUUUAGAAUACCUAGACGGCGAAGGCGCCUCAGCCCUCCUCAAAGCACGCAACCGCUCCGACCAGUUCGGCAAACAGUCCGUCGAGAUGUCCGCCCUGGCCAAGGAAUCGCGUCUGUUGGCCGACAAGUUAGAAAACGAGGCGCACAACAUUAAAGACAUAGCUGAGAAGGCCUUCAAUACGUCCAUCGCGGCGAAUAAUCUGGCGAAAGAUGGGAUGACUAAGCAGGCUAAUAUCAGCAACGAAGUCCAGAUCCUCUCCAACGACCUGAACGCCGCAUCAGGCAAGCUGAACAGCAUGACGGAACACGCUGACGCGGCCCUGAAGCGAGCUAAGGCAGUCUACGAUGAGGCUUUGGGAUUAUACGCUGAAGUUAAUACCACGCUGCUGCCGGACAUCAAGCUGGCCAAGCUGAAGCAGGAUGCUACUGAGAUGAAUAAGACGAUCGACCAAAGAUCAGCAGACCUGGACAGCCUUAUAUCCGCCAACCGGGACAUGCUGCAGAGCCUCGAAGAUGCCAUCAAACGCGGCAAGGACCUCCAUUCCCAAGGCCAGCAGCGGCAGGAUGAGCUGAGCGAACUGUUGGCCAGAUUGGAUGAACUGCAAGCGCAGGCUAAGAGUGAUGUCAAUCUGGCUAAUGUCACGCUGAAGGAGGCUAAUGAGAUCUAUCAGACGUUGAAAGAAUUCAGCGACCAAGUGGCAGAAUCCCGCCAGCAAGCCGAACAGGCCAGACUCGACAUCCCAGCCAUACAGGAAAAGGUUGCCUCGGCCGAGGCAAGCAUCAACAGCAUAGCUGAGGCGCUGGACGAGGCAUCCAAUAAGGCUAAAGAAGCCAGGGACCUUGCUCAACUCGCGCAGAAGGAUUACGCUGAGAAAGCUAGUGAGGCCGCUCACGAAAUAAGGAAAAAGGCUUCCACCUCCAGAGCUGAUGCCGGCAAACUCAGGGACGAGGCUGAGAAACUUUCGACCCGAGUCGAAGGCACGGCCAAGCAGCUGGCUGACCUUGAGAAGCAAGCCGACGAAAACUUGCAGCUCACCAGAGAUGCCAAGAUGAAGGUCGGUCAAGCUAACACAGACGCCAGAGAGGCAGAAAAGCAGGUCAACAAGGGUCUCGCUGACCUUGGGGUCAUCAAAGACGAGCUAAGGAACCUUCCAACCCUGGACAGCGAAGCUUUGGACCGGCUGGAGGAGAACUUAAACACGGUUCAGGCAGAGCUCGCAGCGUUAGACCUGGAUGGAAAAAUAAAAGCAUUAAAGGAAGCCAAGCAGAACCAUCUCAGAUGGAUGGAGCAGUACAAAAAUGAACAUGACUCCCUUCGCCUCGAAGUAGAAAACGUGAAGGACAUCCUCGACCAGCUGCCCGAGGGUUGCUUCAAGAGGAUCGUGCUGGAACCCACCGAGGGGCCGAAGAGGGCCUCGUACAGUUAGACAUGUGUCAGUGAUUGGUUGAUAGAUUAAGUGUGGCGUAGACGAAAUUUAGGCGCGCAAUGUAUACUUCUCGCGUCUAAUGAUGAUUUUUAUGAUAGUUCAUUUUAAUAUAUACAAAGAUAGAAAGGUAUUAUUUUUAUUGGUAUUAAUCAUUCAGUGAUGAAUUUAGAUUAACAUGUCAAUAAAUUAUUUAAAUCAUCCUCACACCCUAGAACCUAAAUGGUCACGCACUGUGCGGUUUAAGAGGAACUUCAACGCUCCGCUCCGGUUGUGGAAUGAGCUACCUGCCGAGGUUUUUCCGAGGGUCUACAGUAUGAGGUUCUUCAAAAAAGGAGUGUACAGAUUUUUAAAGGGUAGCAUGUAACACCUCUGGAGUUGCAGGCGUCCAUAGGCUACGGUGACUGCUUACCAUCAGGCGGACCGUAUGCUUGCUUGCCACCGUCGUAGUAAAAAAAUGCACAUAACUGAUAAUAAUAUCAACAAAUUUAUAAAUCAAUUACAUUAAGAAAUUAUAAACAAUAACAAAAUAUAUAAUUCUAAUAAAAUUACAAUAAAAAUAAUUACAAUUCCAUUAAUGUACAUGUUCGAUAUAAUACACUUGGCGAUAUUAAUCCUCCAGGAACUCAUUUACCGAAUAGUUGGCCUUGUUUGUGCAAUAAAUUUUGUCGUAACGGCUUUGAUUUCAUUUAUUUAGAAAUGUAUGUUACAUUUCCGAAUAAAUUUGAAACAUAUAUCAUCAAUAAUUUUAUUAUUUAAAUUAAGCCCAACCAGAAGAGAUUUGAAGUAAUUGUCAUAGAGAUGGCCAUUCGAUGCGAGAAGUAUAACGUAGUGUAAGCAAAUUGGACUAGAUGGCGUUGUAUGUCGCACGUAGCGGCAGCUAAUAGCUCGUACAUUUCAUGCCGUUGACGUAAAAAUCACGUAAUUUCACAUACAGGUAGUUUUUUAUAACACUACAAAUUUUGAUAGCUAACAUAUUGACGCGUAAAAAAAUACUUGCUACACUGUUAAAAAUCAAAUAUAUGUAUCGUUUAAUAAACUAUUUAUUAUUUUGUUGCGUGACAGUAAGAUGAAAGUUAGACGUUUCUGUACUGAUUGUCUAUUGUCUAUAUCAGUUAACUAAAGAGGUUGACAAAUGAUUAAUUAUUGUGAAAAGACUAAUUGGAAUCAUACUCUAUGUAGCGUGACGUUUUUUUCCGUCAACGGCAUGAAAUGUAGGGCCCCUGCUUAUAAGAAGUCAACUAAUUAGUGUUGGACAGUCCAAAUUUAUUGGUCAAUUUUGUGCGUCUAGUUAUUUGUCUAUAGUAUGUGGAAAUUGGGUCAUUUUCAAAUUCGUAAAAAAAUAACAAUUUCAAAUUCGUAUUCAGGUCAAAAUCUAAAAUCAAGGUCAAAGACAAAAAAAUAUACUUAUGUAUUUAUUUUCAAAGUAGCAAUAAGUUUCUUCUAUAUUUUUGUUAUAGAACCUGUAAUCCUGGUUUUGUUAAUUUGGAGUACCUACGUUAACAAACAAGUUUAAAUUGGAUUUGAAAACGACUCAUAAUUUAUGAAUGUGAAUUUUUCAAGAUCUUUGCGUGUAAUGUGAGUUACUGUGUUUGCACAGUUUUUGUGUUAAAAUAUUAAAUUGAACAACGGAUAGGUUCAAUUACUUUACAAAUCGACGUUGAGGCUUAUAGUUUUUCAAUUUGUAAAUCCUUUGAUCGCCAACGUCAUAUCACGUCGAUGAAAAUCAUGCCUCGAACGCCAUGACGUCGGUAGACGUCAACGUAAUAUAUUUAGGUACGUUGUAUGUGUUUUUGAUCCACACUUUUUUUUUAUUAGAGUCAGUUGUAAUUGGAUAAAAGAAGCAGAAUACAAUAUUUUUUGGUGAAUUAUUUUGGCGUUUGGGCAAGAUUUUUGAGCGGCUUUUGACGUUUAAAAGGUUAAAGUGAGUACGGUGCUAGCAUAAAUUAUCUUUUGUUACGAUAGAUAAAUAAAAAAUAAUGUGCCUUAUUAAUAAUAGUAAUUAUCUCACUAAUAGAUUGUCGUGUCAAAAUAAAAUACAUAUGUCAUAAUAAAGUUAGCUAGCAAUAAAAUGUUAACUUUUAAAAAAAUAAGUACAAGGCCGAUUUUUGAAUUUCGGGCGCUCUGUUUCAUCACUCGAAAAUAUGUGAAAAGCUAAUUGUUUUUUUUUUUUAAAUAUGACUGACUCCUAGGAGUGGACAUAUACAGAAGGGAGCCCCACGAAAACAUACGCCAAAUUAAAAAAUCAGCCCCCAGUAUUGAACAUUUUCCAAUUUGCUAAAGUUAACUAUCGGCAAAGACGCAUUAAUUGAGUAAAAUGAAUAAAAUCUAAGAUAAUUUCGUGCUUCAAAUUUGGCAGGUUCUUCAAACGAGAUGACGCUGUACAGUUCCAUACAUUUUUCGGUAACUGUUUAUCAAAAGUUGACGUUUGACAUAUGACAGCGCCAUCUGUUUUGGAUGUCAAACUAAGAGCACGUUUUUUUCUUAGACAUUACUAUCUCGACUACAAUCAAUUAUCUUUGCCAUCGGUGCCAUUUUUACGAGUAUAUUGUAGCAGACUAAAUAAAAAAUAUUGGUCUGGUAGUAUCUAUCAUCAUUAGAAAAUACUUUGCUAACCCAGCACCCUUAUUGGUAGAACUUAAAACAUUAAAACUACCAUAGUUAGUUCAAGAACUUUGUACUUAUUCAAUGCAUUUAAGGUCUGCAUUUAAUCAUCUGCCAACUAGGCUUUCUAAUAGUGCCAUAUUUUGGUUGGCGGUAAUUUGUAAAUAUAUCGUUUUCACACUAGAUAUUAAUCCUUUCCAGAUGUCAGCUGAAACACUGUUAAUUUAGACAUCUGUAAUAAUUUACUGGGUGAAUAUAUAGUACUGAGCAACGUUUACUAUAGGACCAAAUCCGAAAUAGCGAAAAAAUUUACUCGCCCAUUUUGGUUGGCCCAAACAUUGUUGAUAUUUUGUACGGGAGUCCAAUAGAUAGUCGGAGGGUUGAAUGGAGAUUAAGUAAACUCAAACAUUGCCGAAGACGCGUUGUAUUUUUGGUUUACAAGAAUAAAGAGCGUGGAUAAAACUAAACAAAACUUAUUUAUAAGUAGGCUAUUUUUGCUUACUUUCUAUUAAUACAAUUACGUGCGUCCAUAUUUAUGUUGCAGGCAGUAACGUAUAGUUACUUUUAAUGUGUUAAUUUAAACAUAUACAAGAUACAAGAAAUUUAUUGAUAGAAGUCAAUGUUUUACAGGUCAAUUUGAGGUAGGUACAUAUUCAACUAAUACUAGUAGGUACAGCAUUUUUUGGAUAAAUGUCACUUAUUAUAAAAUAGUACAGGAGUCUUUUUUUUGCGAUUUCGAGGUUGGUCCUAUAGUAAAAGUUGCUCAGUAUGACCUAUGUAUUUACCCCGUAAAUUAUUGCAUGUUUCAUGUCACUAAAUUAACACUGUAUAUAUGUAUAUGUGGUGUUACAUAGUCCUUUACUUUUCGUCAGUUAUAUGUUGUUUGUAGAAGUUUUCUGAGUACUAAUUAUGUCAAAAUUAUAUAAGUAAUCACUGUCAUCAAAACUACCUUUAAAAAACGAAAUAACAGAUUGGGUUUCGUUUCAAAGUAUUAUAGGGGCCGUGCGCGUUGGAGGGUCUGCCAUCUUGUGGCCUGAAUCGGAACCAUAAACAAGUACAUUUACACGUCACGUGUUUUCUUGUGCAUAGUAGGUUCUGCCAUCUUGUGGGCUACCUCGAAACAGUAAACAUCACAUUUACGCCUCGCGCCAAAAAUCUGACGUCUCCUGGGCUGCCUCCUACAGUUCAUGCACGCUCCCUAUAACAAUAAAUAGUAGAUUGUUAACCAAGAGAUGAAAGGCACCCAUUUCUGUCGAAGUAGUUUUGCGUGUGUUUUUCAAAACAUGACUAAGUAUAAUUUUUAUAGAAUUGCUUGAGGGUACUUUCAAUUAACAAUUUAGGAAAUAAUAUCGUUAGAAUGGGGAGUUAGUCAUCAGAAUGGAAAAAUUACAACAAAUCCAUUUAAAACUAAAUUUUUAAUAUGAUUUGCUGAAAAACAAAGAAACCUACUAAGAAAAUACAGUGCUCUAAAGCAGAAGCAUAUCAUUUUCUGGUUUUUAGAACAACUAAGACUUACUUUCUGAGCGUUAAAAAUGAAACACAAGACAAGACAAAGCAUUUAUUGCAUUCAUAUUAGGUAAGUACACAAAAUUACAUAAUAUGUAGGUACCCUGCAAGGGCGCAGCAGUCUUAUAACUAAAUAACUAACUAGUUUAAAGAUUUACAGACAAUUAUUUGAGAUCACAGGCAGUACUUAAAACUAUUAAAACUACAACUGUAGUUUUUGGUACAUCCGCCAAAGACGUGGUUUAACGUCAACCACAUGAACAUGCUAUACUUUCAAUUGUUUUUAAUAAAAGGUUUUUCUGGAGUCGGUUCAAAAGGUGCAUAAGGACCCUCUAAGCAUGGCAUGGAAUGCCCCAAACAACCUACUCGCAUUUGUGUUUCCGACUACAUUGAGCUUCUCGCCUUCAUAAAUCAAUUGCCAAAACAUUUACCAAUUACUUUCAUUUGGAAUUUUUUACCUUUAUGUAACACUACACUUCGAAUGCUGUAUAAAUAAGUUUUUUAUAUAUGUAUUUAGGAUCGCCAAAGACAAGAGAAGAUUAGAAUAAAAUAAGCAAAUAUUAAUGAUUUUGUUAGUACAAUAUGUAUUGUGGCUUAUUUAUUAUAUUAAACUAUUAGAGUACCUAAUUAAAA